AUGUCUGCUCUCAAGAACAUCGCCGUCGCUGGUGCCGCUGGUGAUCUCGGCUCAGCUGUCUUCAACGCCCUCGUCACCUCAAACAAAUUUAACCUUACAGUCCUCACCCGCAAGGACUCAAAGAGCACUUUCCCCUCUGGCACAAAAGUCAUCCAAGUCGACUACGACUCUCUUGAGUCUCUAACUGCCGCUCUCCAAGGCCAAGACGCUGUCGUCUCUACAGUCGGCAGUCUUGCCAUCCCCAGCCAAAACCUUCUCAUCGACGCCGCCGUCGCUGCAGGUGUCAAGCGUUUCCUCCCCUCCGAAUAUGGAUCCAACCUCGUUGCUCCCAGCGUGAGGAAGCUUCCCGUCUUUGGUACAAAGGUCGCCAUCGAGGAUAAACUCAUUGAGCUUGCCAAUCAAGGCAAGAUUAGUUAUACCUUUGUGUACAACGGUAUCUUCCUCGAUUGGGGGAUCAAGCACAACUUUUUCUUCGACUUUUCCCAGCCUGAGCUCACUAUCUGGGAUCAAGGUGAUGCAGAGUUCAGCACUACUACUCUCGCUAGUGUCGGCGAUGCUGUAGUCGGCGUCUUGGCCCACCCCGAAGAGACACAGGACCGCAUUGUCUACGUCCAGGAUAUAGUCCUCACCCAAAACAAGGUUCUUGAGCUUGCAAAGGAAGUCAGCCCUGGAAAGGAGUGGAAGGUUAAGCAUGACAAGAUUGAUAAUAUCACUGCGAAGUCUGAUGCCAAUGUGGCCAAGGGCAUUUAUGACUGGCCUACCCUGGGACCUUAUUUGUUCCGAGCUAUCUUUGAUGCGAAGAGCAUUCCCAAGUUUGAGAAGCUUGAUAAUGUGUUGCUGGGUAUUAAGGGUGUCACUGAGGAACAGGUCAAGGGAUUCCUCAAGGAUCACAUCCAGUAG